UCUUGGUUGACGCCCUUUUUGUUUUGCGUUUUUGCUGUGAUAAAUGAUGGGAUUGCUCAGUGUUCUGGUGCUCUUUUUGACCGCUUUGUUCUGCCAUACUAAUGCUCAGACUCAGUAUCGUGGAACUGUUCGACUGGUUAGAAGUGGAUUCUACUCAUCAACUUAUUCAGCUGGAAUAGUUGAGAUUUAUUACACUACCAGUUCCUCCAGUACACUCAGAUGGGGUAACAUUUGUUAUGAUAGUUCAUUUGCUAGCACUGAAGCUAGUGUCAUUUGUAACCAGUUGGGGUAUAAUGGAGCAUCAACCUAUGGUAGAGCUGGGAGCACAUUGCUCUAUGGAACUGAUACUCUAGCUACAAUCCUUGAUGAUGUCAACUGUUUCAGUAGUAGCUAUUUGACACUGGAGCAAUGCAGCCUCUCAACAUUUAUUAAAUCCUCUUGCACCAGUGACAGUUAUGAUGCAUAUGUAUCUUGCUAUACUACUAGAAUCUGGAAUAAUCCUUAUUCUGGACAGAUUCGUCUACAAGGAGGUACUUAUUCAAGUUAUGGUAGACUGGAAGUAUAUUGUAAUGGACAGUGGGGUACAGUUUGUGAUGAUAGCGUUGGUGCAACUGAUGCUAGAGUUGCCUGCCGUCAGUUAGGAUACAGUGAUUACAGUACAUAUACUGGAAACCUGGCUGGGUCUAGCUCUCAACCUAUUUGGUUGGACAAUGUUGUUUGCAGCAGUUCAUACAGUUGUUUUGCCUAUUGUGAGUCUUGUCCCUCUUCACAAUUUCACAACUGUCUUCACAGUGAAGAUGUGGCUUUGGGAUGUGAAUUUAGUAGUUUUUAUACUACAUCCACUAAUACACUCAGCACUUGUCAAUAUGCUGACUCCAUUUCUUCAGCCAGUGACAGUAUUGGUGCCAUCAUUGGAGGAGUAGUUGCAGCAGUUUUCAUAUGUAUCGUCCUCAUAAUAACCAUACCAAUAUGUAUAUGUUGUUGUUUGGGUGUUGGAAUUGGUGCUGCUGCUCGUGGUGGAAGGAGUUCAACAAGAACAACUGUAGUUGGAGGAGCUAGUGAUGUUACAUGUACCGGAGCGACCAGUCAAACAACUAGUGCUUAUCCUCAGUCUGGAUAUGAUGCUAGUUACCCUCCACAACAGGGUUAUGCUCCACAGCCGGGUUACCCUCCAGCUCCACAGCAAGGUUAUGCUCCACAGCCGGGUUACCCUCCACAGCAAGGUUAUGGAUACCCACCACAGUAGUGAUGUGGUGCAUCAUCUGCUAGCUGCUCUUAAACACUUUAGUCUAUAUAGAUAUUGCUAUAGUUUUUAGUUUUCCCUUUUCAUUAAUAAUUAUUUUAUUGCUUUGCUAGUCACAAAUCUAUAGAUCUA